UGGCUGCUGGCGCUCCGGGUAACCGGCGUGGGCGAGGGGGCGGACAUCGCGGCCGAGGACGCUUCAAUGUUCGCCGAGACGGACCCAUGAAGUUUGAGAAAGACUUUGACUUUGAGAGCGCCAACGCCCAGUUCAACAAGGAGGAGAUCGACAGAGAGUUUCAGAGCAAGCUGAAGCUGAAAAAUGAGAAGACGGAGAAGACGGAGAAAGCAGUGAACGGAGAGGAAAAGGUCGACUCUGGCGUGGAAACGCAGAACAGCGAGAGCAACGCUGACGAGGAGGGCGACCCGCUCGGCCCCAACUGCUACUACGACAAGUCCAAGUCCUUCUUCGACAACAUCUCCUGUGACGACACCAGGAAAGCAAAUGAAAAGUCUGGAGGCUCUGUUUUCCCGAGAGAGCGAAGGCAGACCUGGGCGGAGGAGAGGAGGAUGAACGCCGAGACGUUCGGCAUCCCUCUUCGUCAGGGCCGAGGACGCGGAGGUUACCGUGGACGUGGCGGUAUGGGCUUCCGCGGAGGUCGGGGUCGUUCGGCCAGCCGAGGGUCCUUCGGGCCGCCACAGGGAGGCGGCGGCUUCAGGGGCGGAUACAGAGGAAACCAGGCUGGACGGGAGUUCGCCGACUUAUCAGCAUACAGGAAGGACAACAAAGUGGCUGCGUAGUCUCAGUGGGAGGUGGAACGUCUUCACGCUUCAAUGGAUAAAACAUAGUUUGGGUUGCUAUUUUGUUGACUAAAAUAAUGAAGAUUGUCUACUAGUUGUAUAUUUGUCACCAGCACUGGGGUAGACUGCUUGAAUACAACGAUGGAAACAACAACAACAACAACAACGCAGUUUAUCAGAGGAAAAAAAAACAUUUUAAAAAGUCCAAAUCUCUUCAAAAUAAUUUCCAGGUGGCUGAAAUAAUUAUAUAUAAAUGUCAUAUUUCAGAGGGAUGUUUUUUGUUUUACGAUGAAUGAUCUUCCCGGCUUCUUUCCUGAAACCUGUCUUUGAUAUUUUGUUAGCUGUCGAAGGUCCUCACUGACGUAGCUUUACUGGGGGGGGGGGGUAACGUAAGUUCAGUCACACCUUUCUAACAUGUAUUUUUCUACUAUUACAUAGACUUCCUGCUGUUCUGUAGUCAGCCCGCUCACUAUCACGUCUGUCCCACACGGAUUCACCUAAAACCACUUUUCUGUUUGUGUCCACCUUUAAGUGUUUCGUUAACGGUGUAGAAGACUCUUCGCUCUGUGUUCUAGCGUAGGGAGCUGGUGGUAGACGUGUGUACUCGGCUGGUUUUCGUGGUAGUUUUUACUCUCAGUCCACGAGCUAACGUCGGGGUCAUAGGUCAAAUAUUUGUACUUCUUUUUCUGUGAUUAACUUCAUUCAGCGUCGCUGGUACUUACAGGUGCUGCAGUUAGUUAGAAGAAGGCUUAAAAUCUAUCUGAACUCGCUUAAAGCUUCCUCGCUGAUGGGUACGGAAGAUUUAAAAUUCCUAAAGUAAAACAAAUUGAGUGAAAUGCAAUACACAGUUUUGUAUGUUUCCUUUUUAUGUAUGCAUUGACUCAUAAUUUAAUGUGUGUUUAAGGAGGAAUAAUGUAGUGUUUUGUCUUUAAUAAAUUAGUUUUUCACAUUAAAAUAAAAUCACAACACAGAAACCUAAAUAAAGAGGUGUCAUAUAUUUCAGCUGUCCAGCAGAGAGCAGCAGAGACCUAAUAUAUUAUAUUUAAACUAUAUUUGUGUUGUAUAUAUUUAGCACUUACAAAUAGACAAUAAUAAUUACAAUGAAAUAUAUACUCGUGGUUUUCACAAUAAAGGAAAAUAACGUUUUACAUAUUUAACAAAAGCUCAACAAUUAUAAAAUAACCACCUGAACGCUAUAGAUCGUUAACCAGCUGGUUACAUCUGAUUGAUAAUGUUAGCUCAAUGGAUGCUAAUUAGCUGGCUAACGAUUAUUGUAGAUUACCGAACUAGUUAGUUUGCAUUUUGCCAACAUUAAGAUUAAGAUUGUACAGUGAAAUAAGAUCCAUCUUCACCUAAUUUACUUUGUUGUGAUUUUAUUUUUAUUUGGAAAAUUAACGUCACAAAGAAAAACAAGCUCUAGUUAUUAAAGACAAAGUUAAUAAUUAUCCUUUUAACAUUAUUGAAUUAUGACACUAAAAACAUAAAAUAACUUUAUUUUCUGAGCAUGAUUUGUUUUAAUUGAGGCAUUAUAAAUCUUCCGUAAUGUUCUUACUCACUCGUAUGUUCUUUGUCGGGUUGCUUCAUGAGACACACUAAUUUAUAUUUCUCUGCAUCUUUGGACCUUAAACACAUUUAAUCCCGCUGUUACAGUGAAUCUCAACCUGACGCCACUAACUGUCCCACGGCACUGCACGGUGGUCGACAGCCCGCUAACGCUACAGGAAGUGAUGUCAACUAUAAACAACAAUAAGACUAGAAAAACAAGAUAGCUGUCUGCGUUUAGUUUUCUAGCAAUAUUCAGAUUAUGGUUGAGGUUAUGAAGGAUCUGACAUGAUUUAAGUACUUCAACUCUUUCUAUCUGAUUCAGCAGGAAAUGUUGAACUUUUGGAAACCUGAUGAAAGAUUUUCUGUCCUGAGAUUUAUUUAAGACUCACAGUAACACUAGUUACUAGUUUAACUAGUUACUAGUUAAACUAGUUAAACAUGAGUCUUUCACUUAUUCUGGGUUCAUUUUCAUCAGAGAAAAGUAUGAAAAUGUUCUUUCCAGCUAAUUUUCUAAAGUGAUUUCGGGCAUUCAAUCUGUUUUGACCCAGGUCGGUUUUCGUCUCUGACUCCACGACGGCAAAACCCCCCAAAAUUAGUGUUAUUAUAAAUUCUUAUUGACCUGCAGAGCUACCUUUAAAGUACUUAAUCAUGCUCAGGAAGUGUAGUUUUUACUCGAGUCGACUUAAAGCUACACAAUAAGCGCUGAUCCAUAAUGAGAAAGGAGAGAUUUGAGACUUUGCUGUCUAUCGUUGCUGUUGUUGACCUCGAGUGCACAUUGAGAAUCCUGAUUAAAGGAACUGUUGUAGAAGAUAUUCCUUCGCAUUAAGGCACUAAACAGUUUAACCCUUGUGAGAGUUUUGGGAGCUUUGAGUUGGAUACAACAAGAAAACCUGCAGUUCACAGGCAGAUGGAUCAAUAAAUAUAAACCAAUCAGCAACUGAUCGUCAAUAAAAGAUUAUUUAUAUCACUAAA